UUCUGUUUCAAUUUUGAACUUCGAACUAUCCUAGCUUACAUAUCGUGUUGUAAAGUGUAAACCUGACCGAAUGCAAAUUUUAACAUGAUUCUACUUAUAUAUUAUAGUAUGUAAUAGAAAUGUUUUUAAAUAUCUCCUAAGUCUUAACUCCAUAUAUAAUAAACCAAGCUAAGGGGAAUAUGAAUGAAAAAAAUACGUGACUGAGUGAGCGUUUUUACUGAAAAUAUAAGAACCAUUUUUAUUUAUAGUAUUUUCUUCAUUAUAAGUUUUUUUAUUGACAAAAACAACUCUAAAGAAUGAAUCGUCCCAAUCUAAAAUGAUAACGUUAUUAUUGAAACGAUACAGGGGAAUGAUACUUGCUAGUCUCUUAUUUUUUUACUUAGGUUGUGGAAUAACUUUAAGUUUUAUUAAAAUGGAAUGUGCGUCAGAUAUUUCUAACUUAGAAUUUAGAAGCAAGAACUCAUCAAUAUACGAAAAGACUGAAUAUGCGGUGCUUGUUAUAAGCAGUCCAGAUAAUGAAAUGAAAAGAGACGCUAUAAGGGCGACAUGGGCUAAUUUUAUUAAUAAUAUAUUCAUUGAAAACGGUGAAACGUUAUUCAAGUGGGAUAACUCCUGGCUCAGAACAAAUACAAAAACAGAUUUAAUAAAAAUAUUUUUUGUAAUUGGAACACAAAAUCUAGAAAAGGAUAAGCUCAUAAAAAUUAAUAAUGAACUUAGCAGAAGUAAUGACUUAUUACUGUUAAAUAAGUUCGAAGACUCUUAUGAGAAUCUAACAUUAAAGUUACUUUAUUCUCUAGAUUUUCUUAGCAAGAAUUUAAAGAAAUUAAAAUAUGUUAUCAAAUGUGACGAUGACUCAUUUGUUAGGAUUGAUUUAAUAGUAAAAGAUUUGGAAGCUUUUGGACCGAAAAUGGAUGAUCCAUCUAUUAGUUCUUAUGUUACUUAUAAGGAGACUGAACAAAACCAGAAAGGACUAUAUUGGGGAUAUUUUAAUGGCAGGGCUCAAGUAUUUUUAAAUGGGAAGUGGCAGGAAAAAAGAUGGUUUCUUUGUGACACCUAUCUUCCUUAUGCUUUAGGAGGUGGCUAUGUUAUAUCCCACAAUAUAGUUGAUUAUAUUUCAAGAAACUUGGAGUACCUAAGUGUUUAUAAUUCUGAAGAUGUAUCUAUGGGUGUAUGGACGGCAGCACUUAAUGGAAUCAAUAGAGUGCACGAUAUAAGAUUUGACACACAGUGGAAAUCUCGUGGCUGUGAAGACAACAUGUUGAUACGGCACAAGCAAAAUCCGAGUGACAUGUUGAAAAUGUAUAAAAACUUGAUAGAAUCCAAAGGCCUAGCGCUCUGUAAGUCGCAGUCCGUACUACGUAAGUCUUAUAAAUAUAAUUGGAAUGUGCUCCCGAGUAUGUGUUGUAAAUAAAUAGCCGAUGUAACAUUUUAAACAUUUAUUGACAAAUUAACCCGAUUAUGCAAUUUAUAAAGCAAUACAAAACAAAUAAUUAUAUAAUAUAAAAACAAUCAUUUUAAAUUAUUUAAGUGACCACCAUGUUCUUAAACAUCUAUUAGUGCUAAGUCAAAACAAUUCUAGUAUUUUCAUAAGCCAAAGCAAUAAAAUCCAAAUUGAAGUGUGCUUACUUACGAUUUAUGAUAUUUUUAAUGGACAAACAAUGAAAAUUAUACUAUACAAGUACACAGUAUUAUAAUAUGAUUUUAAUGAUAAUUUUUAAUAUUUUAUAAAAUAAAGAAAUCUGACAAUC